UCGGGAACGCGACGGCCGGAAUCAACACUAGUCAAGCGAUCAACCAACACGCGUAGAUGCAUGUGUACAUUUUGAAUAUAUCAUAUCUUUAUACAUAACCUAAAAUAUUAUCGCUUAAUGUUUCUUUUGCUAAGAUUAGGUUAUUAUAUGGAAAAGGACUGAUUAUGUUCUGACGGAAUGGCGACGAAAAAGAAAAGCGAUACACAAGUGCCGGCCGAGGAGAGCGAUCUGUUAUCCAUUCGUCCGCUCGGUGCAGGUCAGGAGGUUGGACGAUCAUGUAUUAUGUUGGAGUUCAAAGGCAAAAAGAUAAUGUUGGAUUGCGGCAUACAUCCUGGUCUAUCGGGAAUGGACGCACUUCCCUUCGUUGAUCUCAUUGAGGCUGAUGAGAUUGACUUGUUGUUGAUCUCUCACUUUCACUUGGAUCACUGCGGAGCGCUGCCCUGGUUCCUGCAGAAAACCAGUUUCAAGGGUCGCUGCUUUAUGACACACGCUACGAAGGCGAUCUACCGCUGGCUGUUGUCUGACUACAUCAAAGUGAGCAACAUCGCCACUGAGCAGAUGUUGUACACGGAGUCUGAUUUGGAGACCAGCAUGGACAAGAUAGAGACGAUCAACUUUCACGAGGAGAAGGACGUGUUCGGGAUCAAAUUUUGGGCGUACAAUGCGGGCCACGUGCUCGGCGCAGCUAUGUUCAUGAUUGAGAUUGCAGGAGUGAAGAUCCUCUACACGGGCGACUUCAGUCGACAGGAAGAUCGGCAUUUAAUGGCUGCUGAGAUUCCAAAUGUACAUCCAGACGUGCUGAUCACCGAGUCUACCUAUGGUACACACAUCCAUGAGAAGCGGGAGGACCGCGAGAGCCGAUUCACGAAUCUUGUGCACGAAAUCGUGAACAGGGGCGGCAGGUGUCUGAUACCGGUAUUUGCGUUAGGAAGGGCACAAGAGUUGCUGCUCAUUCUGGACGAGUACUGGAGCCAGCACACAGAAUUGCACGAGAUCCCUAUUUAUUAUGCUUCAUCGUUGGCAAAGAAAUGCAUGGCUGUUUAUCAGACAUACGUGAACGCGAUGAACGACAAGAUCAGACGGCAGAUCGCCAUAAACAAUCCAUUCGUCUUUAAGCACAUAUCGAAUCUGAAGGGCAUAGAUCACUUCGAGGAUAUCGGACCAUGCGUGGUGAUGGCGUCGCCCGGCAUGAUGCAGAGCGGCCUGUCGCGUGAGCUUUUCGAAUCCUGGUGUACGGACGCGAAGAACGGCGUGAUAAUAGCUGGUUAUUGCGUGGAGGGCACCCUGGCGAAGACUAUACUGUCGGAGCCGGAGGAGAUCACCACUAUGUCCGGACAAAAGCUGCCGCUGAAGAUGUCUGUCGAUUACAUAUCGUUCUCUGCACACACCGACUAUCAGCAGACGUCAGAAUUUAUACGUACCCUGAAACCACCGCACGUAGUGCUGGUGCAUGGCGAGCAGAACGAGAUGGGUCGACUGAAGGCGGCAUUGCAACGAGAAUACGAGGAUGAUCCCAGCACCACCAUGGAGAUACAUAAUCCGCGGAACACGGUCGCGGUGGAGCUGUACUUCAGGGGCGAGAAGACUGCGAAGGUAAUGGGCACUCUAGCGAUGGAGACUCCGAAACCGGGGCAGAAGCUGUCGGGUGUAUUGGUGAAGAGAAAUUUCAACUACCACAUGCUGGCACCCUGCGACCUGUCCAAGUACACGGACAUGAGCAUGAGCCAGGUCAUACAGCGACAGAGCGUGUACUUCUCCGCGUCGUUGCCCGUACUGAAACACCUGUUGACGCAAAUAGCCGGCAGCUUGGACGUGAUAGACGACAAGAAGCUAAGAGUGUUCAAGAACGUCGAUGUGACGAUCGACGGCAAAAUCGUCACGAUGGAGUGGGUCGCCACGCCGGUAAACGACAUGUACGCCGACUCAGUCCUGACGGCAAUACUACAAGCCGAAUUGAUGGACCAGUCGCCAAAGAUGUUGCCCGCGCCUACAAAGAUGGAUCGGAUGCACUUCAAGGAGUGCCUCAUCGAGAUGUUGCAAGAAAUGUUCGGCGAGGAUUCCGUGCCCAAGAUAUUCAAGGGCGAAAAACUUUACGUUACGGUUGACGGUAAAAAGGCGCACAUAGACCUGCUGAACCUGGAGGUGACCAGCAAAGAUGACGAGACCUUACAGCAAGUAGUGCAAACAGCAGUGACGAAGUUGCAUCAAUCGUUGGCACCUCCUUGCGAUGUAAUAUAGUGAUAAGGGACAACGGACAAUAUCUUGCAAAUAUAAGUAUUGUUAUUCUAAUAAGAAUUAGUUUAUACUGUCAAAAAUAUACGUAUUUAUUGUUCAUAAUAAUUGCGGUUUUUGUAAUUUGUGCCAUUUAAAUUGUGCGAUUAUCAUGUGUAUUAAAUCAAAUGUAUUCAACAUAGUCAUUUUUUUCAAAACAAUUUUCAAUUCUCUUUUUUACGUAAGGUUUUAGUUUGUUAAAUAAAGUACUUAAUGUAAAAAAAUUUUUGAUACAAAGGAAAAAAAGAAAAA